AUGAAUCACCAGAUGCAACGGGCAGAACCAGAUAUGGAUUACAUUCCCCCACGGGUCAAGCUAAGUGAUGAAACAUUUGUUUUUGUAGAUGGCAAAUGGGUGAGUGAGACCUAUAAUCAGCCACCUUUUGCUUCCCAACAAAAACAUUACAACAAGAAGAUGCAGAAUGACUGGACUCUCUGGGAGGAGAACAAAGCACUCUGGGAAGAGAACAAGGCCCUCCGGAUUGAAAACAAGGCCCUCCGGGAAGAGAACAAAACUCUCCAGUGCCUCCGGACACAGAACAAAGCCAUCCAGGUUAUUUAUGAUGAGACCCUCCAGCAGGUUCUCCAGAAGGAGAACAAGCCCUUCCCAAUCUUCCGAGAAAGGAACAUAGGCUUCCAGGUCAGACAAGAGAACAAGGCCCUUCAGGUUGUUCAGGAAAAGAAUAUGGCUUUACAGGUACUCCAGGAGGAGACCCAAGCUGUCCCAGUCUUCCAGAAGGAGACCCAAGCUGUCCCAGUCUUCCCGAAAGAGACCAAAGCCACCCCAAUCGAGGAGGAGAGCAAGGAUGAUGUCCCUGCCUUCCAGGAGGACAGCAAAGCCAACCCAAUCCAAGAUGAGAGCAAGGCUGGCUCAGCCCUCCAGAAAAAGAGUAAUUCUGUCCAGGACAUCUGGGAAGAAAGCAAAGCUGUCCCAGUUCAGGAGGAGAACAAGGCUUCCCCAGGCAUCCAGGAGGAAAAUGUGGCUCUACAGGCUGUCCAGAAGCUAAACCAAACCCUCCAGGCCCUGCUAAAAGAGAACCAGACUCUUCUGGAAGAGAAAAAGGCAAUCCAGGUUCUUCAGGAAGAGAACAAAGUCUUCUGGGAAGAAAACAAUACGAUGAAGCUGCAGCUAACUGUAGUGAAAGGAACAGUGUCAGAGAUUAUGGCCCGGAUGGAAAUACUGCAAAAGGAGCUCAAUGCCCUUUCUCUUGUGCAGUGUAAUGAGAUGAGGAAGCCAGACAGGGGCUGGUAA